AUGGCCUGGAUGGGGCCCUGUGCCAGCGCCCGUGUGAAGCAGGAGACCUAUCUUUGCCUCCAUAAGCUGACUGGCAGACCACCCCCAUGCCCCGAUUUUGGCAGCAACGUGAACCCUUUGCUCCCACCCUCCCCAGGGGCUUCACCUCCACCCGCGACCGAGGUGCCAAAAUCCAUCUCUGCCAAGUGGGUCAUCACCCCCGGCAGCAGGAGCGCCCAUCGGACUUGUGCGCAGGCUGUUCUGCCGGAGCGGCGCGGGAAGAGCAGCGGGCAGCGGGAGCCGGGGCAGGGCCAGCCCCGCACCCGAGGUGGUGAUGCUAAGGCUGCUGGGCAGUCCCAGGGAGAUGGCAGCCAUCCAGGGGCUGGGGACACUCGGAGACAUCAGAGGGGUCGUGCAGAACACCGCAGACACACCAUCACCAACGGGGUGGACUUCAGCAUGCUGAAGCACAUGAAGGAGCUGGAACAGGAGAAGGAUUUCCUGCUGCAGGGUCUGGAGCUGGUAGAGCAUGCCCGGGAGUGGUACCACCAGCACAUCCAGUUCAUGCAGGAACGCCAGAGGCUCCUAGGGAAGAACAAAACCAGUGUUGAAUUCCUCCCUGAGGGCAGCCAGAGCCACCUGGGGCGCCUGCUUCCCAAGCUGCAGGAGGUGAACCGCUGCCUGCGUGACCUCCUUUCCACCGCCGGCAAGGAGGUGACUGACAAGAGCGAACGCAUCACCCAGUUGGAGCAGGAGAAAUCUGCCCUGAUCAAGCAGCUCUUUGAGGCUCGUGCCCGCAAUAACCAUGAAACGAGCCAGCUGGACUCCACCUUCAUCUAG